AUUUCCGCCCUCCGUUAACAUGGAGCCGGCGGAAGGGGCGGGACACGGCCUGGCAAUAAUGGCGGCAUCAAGGCUGGAGCUGAACCUGGUGCGGCUACUAUCCCGCUGCGAGGCGAUGGCAGCGGAGAAACGAGACCCGGACGAGUGGCGCCUGGAGAAGUACGUGGGAGCCCUGGAGGACAUGCUGCAGGCUCUGAAGGUCCACGCGAGCAAACCGGCCUCUGAAGUGAUCAAUGAAUAUUCCUGGAAGGUGGAUUUUCUGAAGGGGAUGCUGCAGGCCGAGAAGCUGACCACCUCCUCAGAGAAAGCACUGGCCAACCAAUUCCUGGCCCCUGGCCGUGUGCCAACCACAGCCAGAGAGCGAGUGCCCGCCACGAAGACAGUGCAUCUGCAGUCACGGGCACGGUACACCAGCGAGAUGCGGAGUGAGCUACUAGGCACGGACUCUGCAGAGCCUGAGAUGGACCUGAGGAAGAGAACUGGCGUGGCAGGGUCCCAGCCAGUGAGUGAGAAGCAGUCGGCAGCUGAGCUAGACCUCGUCCUGCAGCGACAUCAGAACCUCCAGGAAAAGCUGGCAGAAGAGAUGCUAGGACUGGCCCGGAGCCUCAAGACCAAUACGCUGGCUGCCCAGAGUGUCAUCAAGAAGGACAACCAGACCCUAUCACACUCACUGAAAAUGGCAGACCAGAACCUGGAGAAGCUGAAGACGGAGUCAGAGCGGCUGGAGCAGCACACGCAGAAGUCAGUCAACUGGCUGCUGUGGGCCAUGCUCAUUAUCGUCUGCUUCAUCUUCAUUAGCAUGAUCCUCUUCAUUCGAAUCAUGCCCAAACUCAAAUAAAGACCCCACCCACCUUG